AUGUUGUGUCAGAUUUCUCGCAGCAAAAAGCGUCGUUUGACAUCCUCAGUACACCAGUUGCUCAUUCGAAGCCAGUGUUCAGGCGCCAAUGCUACUGUACCAUUGUAUUCCGAAGUCAUUCCCAACCAAAAUGAAUCAGGUAGUCACACGGUAUUCCUUCACGGGCUCCUGGGAAACGGAAGAAACCUCAAGACUUUUGCCAAACAAGUGUGCAAGGAAACUAAUUCUACUGGGUAUUUGAUGGAUCUAAGAGGUCAUGGCAAAUCGAGGCUGCCUACAACUAAUAGUGAUAGCACUGCUUCCUUUGCAGUUUGCGCUCAGGACGUCGCCCAAGCGACUGAAUCCAUUCCAGUGACAUCGAUUGUUGGGCAUUCAUGGGGAGGGCGUAUGGCACUCCAAUAUGCUGCCAAAAAGCCGUCAGAAUCUCUUGAGCGAGUUUGGUUAUUGGAUACCGUCCCAGGAAAAGCCAAUUCAAGUGUGGAACAAGUAAUUGACACUGUCGAUCAAGUUGUUACCAACAUUCAAAAUUCCUCAUCUGGCACUAUGGAUCGAAAACAAAUAGUCCAAGAACUCACAACGGCUGGGUUGGACCAAGGUAUUGCCAUGUGGCUAGCGAGUUCGUUUGAUGGAUCAGACUUUGGGUUUGACCUGUCGGUCGUCCAUGAUAUUUUGCCGGAAUUUGGCACUCAAGAUUUCUAUGGGCUGUUGGACGAAAUUCUCUCGCAGAAUAUUAAGGUAGACUUGGUGCGAGGGGGUAAGAAUCAAGAGUGGAACAGUGGGCCGGAUGGCAUGUCCACACUGCGAGAAUUAGAAGAAAUCCAACAGCAAUAUCCUGAUAAGUUUGCUACGCAUGUCUUGCCAAAGGCGGGGCAUUGGGUUCAUGUCGACGACAUGAAGGGACUCGUGCAGCUGUUUGCGACGAAGUAG